CGCUCAUGUACGCGACAUCUUAGAGAGCAUCUCCACUCGUUAACCAAUUUUAAACUCAAACUCAAGUUUGAGUAAAAACUCCUUAAAUCACAACUUCACUCCUUACCCAAACCCAUACCAAAUUUGUGGUUUACUCAAACUUUCCCCCAAUUUGGUCCUUCAUCAAAUCCUUCACGGCUGCUUUGUGGUGGUGUUUGUCGCCGGAAGUACCCCGCCGCAGCCGCCGUCGUCAACUCAAGCAGGGAUACGUCGCCGGAAGCGGGUUGUGCUCGUCAUCGUCAACCAUUACCCGACUUAAACCUGACUUGUUGCAGCUCCGGCGACGUUGAGCGGCGGAGGACGGUGGUUAGGGCUUCAAAUUUGAGCCAAGGGCUGGAUACUCUCGUACCAAACCAAGCUUUGACCCAAAAUUUCACUCAAAUUUGAGUGAGAUGCUCUUACUCCGACAGCCAUUAUUCUUUUUUUCUUUGCUUUUUUUUCUUUUUUUCCAUAGAGAGUGUUUCCCCGCCCUUCUCUCUCCAGUCCGUCCCAUAUCUCCACGAGUGUUUCUCUCUCUUCCCUCUCUGAAAUUCUCUGGACCUGGGUUUUGAACACUCUCAAUGAAAUGGACACCACCCCCUCCAAAAACCCUACUCUGCACCCUUGUACAACCACUCAUGGCCAAAACAAACCCACCUCAGAUUUUACCCUACGCACCAAUCUUCGAGCUCCUAACCGGCCACAAGAUUCCCAACUCCCUCAACCUCGGCCGCCAAGCUCACGCCCACAUGCUCCUCCGCGGCCUCCACCCCACCGCCUUCGUCGCCGCCAAAAUUGUAGCAAUGUACGCCAGCUCAGGUGAUUUAAACUCCGCCGCACUUACAUUUGCUCACAUCACUCACCCAUCAUCUUUGUUAUGCAAUUCCAUUAUUCGGGCUUAUACUGUUUGCGGAAAGUUCAAGAAAACAAUCGAGACUUACUUCAGAAUGCACUUGAUUGGUUUGAAAGCUGAUUACUUUACGUACCCAUUUGUGUUGAAGUCGUGUGCGGACUUGUCGCUGGUAGGCUUUGGUAGAUGCGUUCAUGGGCACGGUUUGAGAGGAGGGUGGGGUUUUGAUAUGUAUGUUGGGACUUCUUUGAUCGAUUUUUAUGUGAAAUGUGGCGAAUUGAGUGAUGGGAGGAAGGUGUUUGAUGAAAUGCCUGUGAGAGAUGUUUCGUCUUGGAAUGUGUUGAUUGCUGGUUACAUGAGUGACGGAAUGAUAUCUUACGCGGAAGAUUUAUUUGGAGGGAUGGGAGAGAGGAAUGUUGUGUCGUGGACCGCGAUGAUAUCAGGGUACACUCAGAACGGGUUUGGGGGACGGGCUUUGUGUUUGUUUAAUGAGAUGUUGGAAGAGGGGUCGGAGGUGAAGCCCAAUUGGUUGACAGUUAUGAGUGUGCUCCCCGCGUGUGCCCAAUCGGCUGAUCUUGAGCAAGGUAGACGAAUUCACAAGUUUGCUAGUGGGGUUGGUUUAGACUCGAAUCCUUCUGUGAAAACGGCACUAGCUGCAAUGUAUGCUAAAUGUGGGAGCCUCUCUGAUGCCCAUAUCUUAUUUAUGAGCAUGCCUGCAAACAAGAAGGGUUUGGUUGCUUGGAAUACCAUGAUUACGGCGUAUGCUUCCCAUGGAUAUGGAAUGGAAGCUGUGUCAACUUUUAAGGAUAUGAUAAGAGCUGGGGUUCAACCUGAUGAAAUCUCAUUUACUGGCUUGUUUUGCGGAUGCAGCCAUUCUGGUCUGGUUGAUAUUGGCUUAAAAUAUUUCAACUGCAUGACUGCAGUGUAUUCAGUAGAACCUAAGCAUGAAAAUUAUGCUUCUGUUGUGGAUCUUUUAAGCCGUGCUGGCCGAUUAUUGGAAGCAAAGCAGCUUAUUUCUCAAAUGCCGAUGCAAGCAGGACCAAGUAUCUGGGGUGCAUUGUUAGCUGGUUGUAGAAAACACAGGAACUUGGAGAUAGCAGAGAUAGCAGCCAGAAAUCUCUUUGUAUUAGAACCGGAGAACAGCGGGAAUUAUGUUCUGCUCUCAAAUAUGUACGCAGAUGUUGGAAUGUGGGAAGAAGUAGACAAUUUGAGAGCUCUAUUGAAAGCUCAGGGUCUGAGGAAGAAUCUAGGGAGCAGUUGGGUUGAGAUCAAUGGGAAAAUGCACUUGUUUCUUGGAGGAGAUACAUCUCACCCGGACUCGAACAAAAUUUACUUGUUGGAGGCAUUUCCGGAGAAGAUUAAGGCAGCCAGUUACUAACCGGAAAUAGUUUUGUGUUGCAUAUUAGUCAGGAAGGGAGAGAAUAUUAGCCACAGAGUCACAGUGAGAAGCUGGCGAUUGCAUUUGGGCUUCUUAGUUCUUAACACCAGCCCAGAUAAAGUUUCAUAGAGUGACGAAAAACCGUUGGAUCUGUGGUGACUCAUGAAAUUUGUUUCGCAAGUCUACAUGCGGGAAAUCAUUGUAAGAAUUGUACAUCUGUUCCAUCAUCUUACAGAUGGGGUUUGUUUCUGUUGAAACUAUUGGGGAUUAAAAGGACGUGCUUUCUAAGAUUUUUUUUCCUACUUAACAAAGUACUGAUCUCCUACUGUCAAGUGAACUUGUACAAUUUGGUUGGAUAAGGCUGCAUAAUCAGAGAGCUUGUUUAGGAAGUCAAGGCACACAUAGUAAGGUGCAGCUUGGUUUUGAUUAAAAUUUGAUUCAAUUCUUUUGGUCCUUAUGGAUGAGAUGGCGGCCUCAGAAUAUGAAGGCGGCUUGGUACACCGGUCACUUGUUUUUAGUCUUAUCACCACUUUGAGAAGCUAGCCACUGCCAAUAAUAAUAAUUCGUUUAUUAAUUGGUGGGAGAACCUUCAAUUCUAUGGUGACUGUUGUGUAGCCAUGAAGGCUCAUUUCGACUUUUGGAUAAUUGGUGGAUAGGUUAUGUUUUUAUGUUAGUGACACAUUAGCAUGCUUUUUAUUGAUCUAUUUGAAUUUUGGUGAUUAACAAACAACAAUGUUAAUACGAGUGGAGUCGAUUAUGAAUUG